AUGGCGGAGACAGAGAAGAAUCUGCAAUCUCUAGAUCAUAUUCCGAUCGACGUGUUGUUCGAGAUCCUCGUGAAGUUACCUGCGAAAUCUGUAGCUAGGUUUCUUUGUGUAUCAAAGGUAUGGGCCACAAUGAUCCGAGGUGAGGUAUUCAUCAGAUCCUUCACGUCUUACUCUUCCCCACAGAAGCAGCCUCGCCUCCUCUUCGCUUUAGUCGACUGUCUAAGGCUUUAUAACAAAAUGUUGUACUUUUUCUCCAAAUCAACUCUUGUUUCAACUCCACUAUUACCGUGGGAUCCUGCUCCAGGCCCACCCGUAAAACCGCACCGGUUCGGGCUCUUUUGGCGUGCUAGGUGUUUACGUUAUCUUCCGAAACAUUAUAAAUCUCUAAUGGAGGAACUUAAACCUAAACCUCUAGUUGUGGAGGAACAACCUGAUUUUUUAUCUCGCAAGGAACUACGACACGAAAAUUCUAGCUACGUCCAUGGGUUGAUGAGCUUUUUAUGUAGCGGAGAACAAGUCAUUUUUAAUCCCAGCAUAGGUAAGUCCAUAACUUUACCAACUAUCAAAACAAGUGGAAUAAUCUCCCAAAGCUUUUUAGGAUAUGAUCCAAUCAAUGCCCAAUACAAAGUGUUGUGCUUGACCAAUGUUACACGGUUUUGUGAACAUCAAGUCCUCACAUUGGGAGCUCAAAAUAGCUCAUGGAGAAUGAUCCAAUGCAGCACUCCUCACUAUUGUGGCGAAAAAUCUUUGUGCAUAGAUGGCAUUUUAUAUUACAGUGCUUUCACUAGUUUUACAACAGUCUUGGUGAGAUUUGAUGUGAGGGCUGAAAGUUUGGAAGUUGCAUCCAAAUUUCCCGAGGGCCUUAAAUCGUCGAAUGGAAUUACUUUGAUAAACUACCAUGGAAAAGUAGCUGUUGUCAGUAAAAAUUAUCACAAUGACCACCAUGAUUUCAAUUUGUGGGUUUUGGAGGACACCAAGAAACAACAAUGGUCGAAUGUACUCGUAUCUUUUCAUACAGGUGUUACUGGACAAUUCCAUGGCGGUUUAGAAGUCCUGGGCACUUCUGAUAUGGGAGAGAUUGUCUUUGCACCCAACCAUUUUGAAGAGUUUGUUGUUUACUUUCUGGAUCAAAAAAGCAACCGGAUUAGAAGUGUUCUACUAUAG